AUGGCAACUGAGAACAGUUUUGUGCAACCUGCUAUUCCAAGGUUUGAUGGGCACUACGAUCACUGGAGCAUGCUUAUGGAGAACUUCCUGCAGUCCAAGGAGUAUUGGAGCCUAGUGGAAAUUGGGAUUCCUGCAGCAAUAGAAGGAACGGAUCUCAUUGAAGCACAGAAGAAAACAAUUGAUGAUCAAAAGCUGAAGGAUUUGAAGGCGAAGAACUAUUUGUUCCAAGCCAUUGACCGAUCAAUUUUGGAGAAAAUCUUGAAGAAGGAUUCUGCAAAAGAUAUUUGGGAUUUGUUGAAGCAAAAGUAUCAAGGCACAGCACGAGUUAAACGUGCACAGUUGCAAGCUCUUCGCAAAGAGUUUGAGAUGCUUCACAUGAAGGAUGGAGAAUCGGUGAAUGAGUACUUUGGAAGAACUCUCAUCACAGCCAACAAGAUGAGAAUUCAUGGAGAAAGAAUGGAAGACGUGAUAAUCAUUGAAAAGAUCCUGCGAUCCAUGACUCCGAAGUAUGAUUAUGUUGUGUGCUCCAUUGAGGAGUCAAAUGAUUUGGAUUCUUUGUCCAUUGAUGAACUUCAAAGCAGCCUCUUGGUGCAUGAACAACGGAUAAGCCGACAUACUGUGGAUGAACAAGCAUUGCAAGUCACUCACGGAAGAGGUGGAGGUCGCAAUGGUUACCGUGGAAAAGGUAGAGGAAGGGGUAGGUUGGUUACGAUAAAUCUACCACAGAAUGUUACAACUGUCAUGAGCUUGGGCACUUUCAGUGGGAGUGCCCAAGGAAAGAAAAAGAUUCUAGGGCAAACUUUACAGAGACAAGUGAAGAGAUGCUGCUGA